UUAUUACGAAAUUUUACUAAAUUAAUUGACUAAAAAUUAAAACGAUGCCCGUGUAGUCAUGUACAAUGAAAGAGAGUUUAAUAUACAUUAAUACAAAUAUAGAAUGAAUUUAGAAAUUUUAAAACAUCACUAAAGAUUAUAUGCUUCAAUAUAUAGAACAUUUACCGAAAAAUUAAAUAUUUUUGUAGGAGGUUUUUAACACAUAGAUUUUGAGAAAAAUUCGAAACUAAAUAUACGCAUGUAAAAUCUCACAUACUGUAUAUGGUGGCAUAUAUUUCACGUAAAUUAUAAACAUGCAUGCAUGUGUUUAACGAGUUUCAUUAUAUUUACGUUCUCCUCUCCAACCGCUCCUCCGACCGCCGCCUCUCAAAGUAUCAACUACUCCACACUAUCAGUACCCAAGGCCACAAAGGAGCUGACGACAACGCCUUCAACAGCGCUUACCAUCGCGAAGACACGAACAACAACAACAACAACAACAAAAUCGGUGUCGCUCUCAAAACGAACAUUACCACGCUUGGACCGCUAGUCCUACCAAUGUCCGAACAACUUCUAACUUUUGCGACACUCGCGGCUCGAAGAGUGUUUAAAGUCAACAGAAUCAAGCCUUAUGUUUCUGACAUCAAGCUAGCUCUCGAGCAUUUUUGCAUCCACGCAGGAGGAAGAGCGGUGCUCGAUGAGAUUCAGAAAAAUUUGGAUCUUUCCGAGUGGCAGAUGGAGCCAUCGAGGAUGACUUUGAACAGGUUUGGGAACACUUCGAGUAGCUCGGUUUGGUAUGAGCUUGGUUAUAGUGAAGCUAAAGGAAGGAUUAAGAGAGGAGGUAAGACUUGGCAGAUUGGUUUUGGGUCAGGUUUCAAGUGUAAUAGUGCGGUUUGUAGAGCUUUGAGAAGUAUUGAUCCCUCCAAGGAGAAGACUAAUAAUCCAUGGAUCGAUGAGAUUCAUGAGUUUCCCGUUACGGUUCCGAGGAUAUCGUCAUCCUCGUCGGAAUCUCGAUCGGUAAAAGCUUCAUGUGUGUUAAAAGGGCAUUACGUUCAGACCGAAACGUCAUUUGUUAUUACACAUCAAGAGAGAGUAUACUAUUAA